GCUCGCGUGCGCAAAACGUUCCUGGCGCAUUUUGUUUAUUUCCCCUUGGCUAGGCUUGAUUGUUCUGGAUUAAUGUUCUUGUGUUGUAAGUGUUCCAACUGUUUAAUAAUAAUAAUAAUAAUAAUAAUAAUAAUAAUAUAAACGACGUUCCAGUCGCGCGGUAUAAAUACGUCACAUUACAAGAACCAAUCGCGAUUUGAUUUUUUUUUUUAAGCGGCCUAUUUGAAUGUAUGAGACGUGACGGAGAGCAAGGGCGCGCGCCGUUAGUUCAUUUUUAUAUACAAUUAUGGAUGAGGAAUACAUAAAACGUCGGUUUAAGAGGAACGCUGACAUCUACAGGGAUGCGUUAGAGCGCAUCGUUGAAAAGUACUCCCGCGUGGACGCUUCGGGGAUGGAGGUGUGUCUGCGCUCCAUGACCUGUCUCUCGGACAAAGGUGUCGAACCCUGGGACAAAGUGCGAGACAGCAACUUGCUGAAGGAUAUGGCCAGCUGUCGGUUCCCGGUGCGAGAGGAAGGUCAAGAAGAUAAGAGAGAUCUCCAGGAUAAUUUGCGGCUCAGUGACGAUGCAUCCGUUUCCAUGGAAACUACAAUGGAGAAAAGUACUGGCACUUUCCUGUGGGAGUCCGGGGUUGAGAGCUCCCACCUGCUCUCCAGCACAAUGAGCGAUUCCCACUGUGGCCAGACAGGGGUGCUCAGCCAGCCAGAAGACCAAGAUGAGGAGCUGGAGCAAACACUCAGCAGCCAGGGAAGCACCCUGCUGGACCUCUAUCCCAGCAUGGUCAGCCAAGUGGGGGAGGCGUGCCGACGCCAGAGGGUAGUGGAGGCUGGCAGUGCCAUCCUGCGUAGGUACCGGCGUCGAGUUUGGUUUCCAAGUUCCCACAGAUCCUCGCUAAACAGCAGCCUUCGAGGUCAGGGUGUGUGCACCAAGAGCUCAGAGAUGGAGGACCGAGUAAGGAGGCGCCUAGCAUAUGUGAUGGACACAAGAGCCCCUGAGCCCUCGGUCCUAAGCUUCCCAGAAGACGCUUCCUGGACCGUUGAGUCCAUCUCUCAUGUCAGCGGCAAGCCCGUGUGCUCUCUGGCUGCUGCUGCUCAUGUUGCCAUGGCAACCACACCGAGCCCUCCUCAGCCAGUGUGUUCCGCCCCAUCUCUGGGACUAUGGGGGAGCAGGAAGGAGAGAUGGCCAACACCACCAUGGAAGUCCAGAGUGCAGCAGUGGGAUAAGGUGUCCUCCCCAGGCCUGAAGAGGCUCUCUGUCCCUGGAUCUCCGCCUGAGCGCACUCAGUAUCUCCACCAUGGCUCUGUUUCCUCUGUCCAGUACAUCAGGGACUUUGAGGACCACAGGUCAAACACUUACAGUGUGUCGCAACCAGGCCCCUUCCAUGCUGCUGGGCUGCACCUCAGCAGGAGGAACUCCUUCUCUGGGUUCCAGCUGAGCCACCAAGCAACCAGGAGACAAAUUGACCUGGAGUUCCAGAAGAUCUACCACAGAUAUGUGUGUGAGGCUAGAAUCUCUCUUCACUCACACUCCUCUGCUCUUGCCUGCUGCAGUCCCACAUGCUCUCUGAGGAAGAGGGAGGCACUCUUGUCGUCAUCCUCUUCAUCCCUCGCGGCACUCGCCUUGUCCCCAGCCUGUACCAGGGUCAGGAAGCGUCAGCUUGAGCUGUCCUGUGAUCUGUCCCCUCUCUCUAAGCGCUUUCGAGGAGGCGCUCCAGCUCCCAUGAGCCCCCGUAACCUUGUGGGUAGGUCCACCCUUGAGAGAUCUCCUGGAUCUCCAACCUGCAGGUCUCCCCAGAAUGGCAGCAUCUCCAGCCUCAGGGCUCGACUCUCUCCUGCUCUGGGAGGUGAAGGUGGAAUCGUGUCUAAAGUCACAGGAGAUGCUGCUGAGGGAAGACUUGGUUUGACUGCCAGCAACUGGAUGAAAGAGGGACCAUCAAGAUGGUAUCUCCACUACAACAGGAAGUUAAAGUUCUGAUCAGCUGUGAAGGGGGGUGGCACCACUGAUGUCAUUCUGGGCCAAAAGCACCCCUGGAUUCCAGUCAGGCCCCUGCUCUGUGUUAAGGUCUGCCACACAUGUGUCUGUAUAUUUACCCCUUUGGGAGAAGUACUUUAAUAAAUGUAAUAAAAGCCC